UGUUACUCUCUGUAUGCAGUGGAGGAAUGACUUUGUCAAUGGCUUGGUGAAGAUCCCAAACUCCCAUGAGACUCAGGAAGAGUGCCUCGGUAUGGCUGUGCUGGACAUGUCGAGAACAGCCAAAGAGAAACAGAUGUCACCGCUGGACAUCUACCACACCAUAAGUUACAAGUCUUUCUUGCCAAAAGACAUGAGAGCUCAGAUCCAGGACUGCAACUUUGUGACACGCAAGCGAAUCCGAUUCCGCUUUAAGCGCUUUAUCCAGCAGUUCAGUCAGUGUCGGACCACAGCGCGCGACCUCAAGCUGAAGUACCUGAUCAGCAUGGAGUCCCUGGAGAAGGCCUUCUACACGGAGACCUUCCAGGUCAGGGAUCCGUCGAGCGGACAGCUCAUCAUCGUGGUGGCAGCGGACAUCGGCAUUCAGUGGUGUCGAGAGAAACUCAAAGAUUCUGACGAGGAGCUGCAGACCUUGUGCGACUUCUCUGACGUCAUCGACAUGAGCAUCAAACAGGCCAUCAAGGAGGGGGCUGCAGAGAGUCGGGUGGUCACCAUCACUAAACAAGAUGGAAAGAAUCUGGUAAUUUCAAUAUUUUGAAAAUACAAGUAUGUGUUUACCCUUUUUUUUGUAUCCAGAUAAAGGAACUACUUUUUGAAAACAGACAGAUUCAGUGACACUACUGGAUUGUACGAGUAGAACAUCUUCACUCAAAUUAGCUGUGGGUAAAAGCAAAUUAUCUAAAGAUAUACUAACUAUGGAUGGCAUUAAUUUGGCCUCCAGUGAGACUGUAAGGAA